ACCGUCUCUUCACACUCAUCUCUUGCUGGUCAUGCAACAGGACCUUUCUGGACUGACCAUCGGUAGAGGCUAGCAUGUCAAAAGCAUCCGCCGUGUCCAAAGCUGCGGCCGGCACCUUUGUCGUCCUAACGGUCUCCGCCAUUGCCGGCAUCUUCACUAUGGUCAUUUUUUACAAGAUAGAAAUCUCUGAGAUGAACGUAACUUCUCCUCCGACGAUGCCAUCCACCAGCACCACCACAUUACCGCCCGUCUUGAGGCUGCCGAGGGACCUAAUACCUCAAAGCUACGAGAUCACCCUCCAGCUUGACUUCUACACCAAAAUCGUCGAGGUGGUCAAUGUCAACAGUCCCGACCAGACAAGGCUCUUCACCGGGAACUCCACUGUCAGCUUUCAUUGUGUCCAGGGCACCAAGGCUAUCUACCUUCACAGCAGUGACCUGAACAUUUAUGAUGCGGUACUGAUAAACAAUAACAGUUAUACGCAGAUCAACGUGUCUUCUUCAAUGAAGAGCCACUCAUAUCCAAGCAACUUCUUGGAGAUCCAGUUGGAAGAGGCGUUAGAGGAAGGGGUGAACUACAAUCUGUACCUGUCUUUCCAAGGAAAAAUUAACCAAAGUCCUCACGCAAUGUUUAUAAGCCGGUACGUCGAUGGUUCUCCAGUUUAUGAAGGCGAUCAAGACACAGAAAGAUUCCUCGUCGCCACCACGUUGGAGCCAACCUAUGCCAGGAAAGUCUUUCCUUGCUUCGACGAACCCGACAUGAAAGCAGUGUUCCAUGUGACAAUCAUCCACAGGAAACACACCAAAGCUCUAGGGAAUGCAGAAGUUCGAGAAUCCACUGAUAUCGACGACAACUUGAUGGUGACUUGCUUUUACCCAACGCCCAAGAUGUCAACGUACCUGUUUGCCUUCACAGUCUCAGAGUUCACAUUUACCAAUCUUUCAAGACCUGGCCAUGUGGAUAUUAAAACGUAUGCACGUCCUGACGCCAUUAGAGCAGGUCAUGCUCAGUAUGCCACCAACAUCACUGAAAAGAUCCUCACGUUCUACGAGAGCUACUUUGAAAUUAAUUACCAACAGAAAAAGCUAACUCAAAUUGCACUGCCAGACUUAAGAGCUCCAGCGAUGGAAAAUUGGGGACUAGUCACGUACCAGGAGGGACGCCUGCUCUAUGAGGAGGGAGUGUCUUCACUGUUGCACAAGGAAGACAUUGCCUCUAUCAUUGCACAUGAAUUGGCACAUCAGUGGUUUGGUAAUCUGGUGACAAUGAAAUGGUGGAACGACGUUUGGCUUAACGAGGGCUUUGCCACAUACUUCUCAAUCCUUGCACUAGACGAUGUGGAGCCUUCCUUUCAAUUAAAAGAAUUGCACAUCAUGAGCAACCUCCACACCGCGUUUGAGCACGACGCUCUGGCCUCGUCCCACCCUCUCAGUCCUCCGCCGGAAAACAUCCAGGGGACUUUUGAGAUUGAAGGGAUGUUUGAUUCCAUAACCUAUUUUAAGGGAGCGGCUCUGCUGAGGAUGCUGGCAGACAUCGUGUCAGAAAGAACUUUCACCAAAGGAAUCAAAAUGUACCUCUCAGACUUCAAGUACAAUAGCACAGACCAGGACGACCUCUGGAAGUAUAUUCAAAAGGCCGUUAAUGAGGACAAUGAUUACAUUGACGUUGCCAUGGUGAUGAACGCCUGGACCAAACAAAUUGGCUAUCCUGUCAUCACCAUCAACACAACCAAUGGAGAAAUCUACCAGAAGCACUUCCUGUUCAUUGACUCACCGAAAUCUAAUCUUUGGUGGGAGAUCCCGAUCAGAGUCAUGUCAAAUGCACCCAAAUCUUCUCCUAUCUGGUUAAGAUCCAGUGAUAAAUUACAGAAAGAUGAAUUCAUCUCUAGGAAGGGAGAGUGGAUCCUGGCAAACGUCAACUGUACUGGAUACUACAGAGUCAAUUACAAUUCAGAAAACUGGGAACGUCUCCUGACUCAGCUGCAGACAAACCCUGAAAAAAUCCCACUGAUGAACCGGGGGCAGCUUAUUGAUGAUGCAUUUAACUUAGCCAGGGGCAAACUCGUUGAAGUAGCCCUGGCCCUGAAUUCAACGUGCUUCCUUCGGAGUGAGACAGAGUUUCUUCCCUGGAAGCUAGCAGUCAAGAACCUCGAGUUCUUUGUGCUCAUGUUUGACCGCUCCGAGGUGAACGGACCCAUGCAGGCGUACCUGCGCCAACAGGUCAAGGGCCUGUACAACUUCUUCCGUAACUACACAGACAAUUCCACAGUCCCGGAGGAUCACUCAUCACAGCACAACCAGAUCCUCGCCAUAGAGGUGGCGUGUUCCAAUGGACUCCCAGAAUGCUUAGAGAUGGCGACAAACAUGUUUGCGGUCUGGAUGGACAGCAACGGCACAAACCAAAUCCACCCCAACCUGCGCUCUGUGAUCUACUGCCAAGCCUUGGCCGCCGGUGGGAAAGAAGAGUGGGAUUUUGCCUGGGACAAGUUUCAAAGCGCCAGCGACACCUCGGAAAAGGAACAGCUGCGGCAGGCUUUGUCCUGCACCAAGAAGAUCUGGCUGCUUAACAGAUACCUGGAAUACACUUUGAACCCUGAGAAGAUUCGUCGGAUGGAUGUUGGUCCCACUAUUCGCGACAUAGCUCAGAACGUGGCGGGACAAGCGCUGGCCUGGAACUUCAUCAGAGCGCACUGGGCGUACGUCCAGUGGGACUCAAUCAUGCUGGUGAAGGCAGUGACCCGCAGGUUCUCCACACCAUUUGAACUGGCCGAGCUGGAGCGUUUUGGGGAAGAGUAUCCCCUGGGUGCUGCCACCAUGGCAGUGCAGCAGGCCAUCGAGCAAACCCAGGUCAACAUCCAGUGGGUCAGCGAAAACAAAGACAGCGUCCUGGAGUGGUUCGAGAACUUUGUAGAGAGGUUUUAGAUUCUUUUAGUGCCUCACAGAUCAGCGGGCAGACCUUCCUCCUCAACUAAACCCACCCGAACCGAUGGCAGUCCUACCCCAAAACAACUGGAUCACCCCAGACUGGAGAGUAACCAACCAAUAGUACAUUUAAUUCCUCCAGUAAAGACGACUGAUCCAUAGUGUUGUGCAGAGACGUGUGGCACGUGGCAAGUGAAGAGUAGUGUAAAAAGAGAUCCACUGUUUAUACACUGUAUUAUACCAUACAUUAUUGCUAUUACAACAGUCGAGUGACCAGAUUUCUGCUGCUAUAACCCUCUGUGUUAGGGAUGUAUUCUUGAAAAUGUUAAACAAAAAUUGAUAACAUGUAUUUUUUCAAAAUCCUUUAAAAAUUGUAUUUAAAAUUGUAUUUGGAAGACAAGCACAGUGAAGUUGUUUUUCCCAAAUUUGAGCCGAAUGACAGAUUCCUAUGUCUAUAUGCAUAUCAUACAUGUUGUAAUCAGGGAACCAAAUCAUCGGUAUAUGUUGCUAGAAGUUAUUUAAAAAAAAUAAAACAUUUCCUUUCAUCCAGUAUGAACAUAA